GUCGCUUAUGCGGUAGCAGCAUGCAACGGCUGCUCCCAUUUCCGCCUCGACGAGAUGUGUCACAGUUGCGCAUUUCCUUCCUCGGUCGAUUGCCAACCCCCCGAGCUAAACGUCAUAUGUCCAACUUGAAGUCCCCAAGACCCAAAGACCCCCCUUCUGGCCAUACGUUGCGCCUAAUGCCCCUGGGCGGAUCCGUCACGCGUGGUGUGGGUUCUUCUCAUGGAGCAGGAUACAGGAAGUCGCUGUUGCGGAUGCUCGAGCAGCGUGGCGUCAAUGCUCGAAUGGUGGGAUCGCGCAGGGAUGGUUCCAUGUCCAACGGUGAGCAUGAGGGCUGGCGUGGGUUCCGCAUCGACGAGAUCGAAAGGAAGGCCAGGAGGUCGGUGGAAGGACUUUCUCCAGAUAUCGUCAUGGUCAAUGCCGGUUCCAAUGAUUGUCUUCAAGCCUUUGGGGUCACGGAAGUGGGAGAGCGCAUGAGUCAACUGCUUGAGUUUCUUUGGGGAGCUCGCCCGCAGUCCACGGUCUUACUCUCUACUUUGAUCGCCUGUGCCGACAAGGAGGUGGAUUCGAUGGUACAAUGCGUCAAUGCUCAGUUUCGUGCGUUGGCCGAAAAGAAGGCGACCGAGCACAAGAGAAUUGUGCUAGUAGACAUGUACUCGCCGGAGGGACCUGACGUCAGGGGUCUCGUUGAUGGGAUUCAUCCGAACGAUGAUGGCUAUGACAAGAUGGCCAUGCUUUGGGUUCGCGGCAUACAGGAAGCAGUCGAUAGGGAGUUCAUUAACUUAUCAACAUAUAAAUUUGAAGGCGAAAGUCCUCGCUGAUCAACAAACUCAUUUUCUGGGUUCCACGUCUUCACACUACAAUGUGGGAGAUAUUGUUGUGACAUGGUUGCUGUGGGGCCCCG